AUGACUGUGACACAGCAAGUGAAGUAUGAUCUAGGGUGUAAACACUCAACGUUGUGUUUUCAUGGAUUGAAUAUAUUUGGGCGCCGAUCAUCUGCUGGCAGACAUUUAACAAGCGACAAAUGUUGUGGAGGAACAAACCAUUGUAAUGUUGACCUGCAAUGUGGACACCAAGAGCAUACUGGAGAGUUUUACUUGAUGCGUAACAAUGGUUUCCUGAGUUUCAUGUCAACUUUUAAACUACAUUUAUCAUCGUGCAAAGUUAAAUGGUUAGUUAUAUACAACCCUGAUAUCGGACUAUGUCACAACAUAUCGAUCUUUAAUACUUCACAAGUAAUCGAUAAUCCAUCAGAUUUCAAAGUCACCAGAAACGAAAUUGAGAAGAAAGGAGUACACAUACUUACGUCCAGCAAAACUGAUUUGUAUGCAUUAUAUAAGGAUUCGAUCACCAAUGAAGGAUUUUUUGUUUUACCAAAAGAAAAGCUAUCAACAUCGUAUGUUAUUCCGUCAUUCAUUCCUUCAGGAGGUGCUGAAUCGUUUAUCGGAAUUGUUGCAACAUCCGUCGAUACAGACGUAAAUAUAACAUUAAAACUACUCGAUAAGACUGAAACGGUUAGUUAUAACAAUACAAAGUAUGGAGAUGGUGAGACAAUUUCCAUUCACUUAGCAGAAAGGGGAACCCUAGAACUUUCCAGUAAUACUGACCUCACUGGUACGAUAGUCCAAUCAAACAAAGAUAUAGGAGUGCAGUCCGGGGUUGAUGGCGCUAAAGUACCUGUGAAUAGUGGUUUGAUGAAUCUGUUAUUGGAAAUGUUACCUCCAGUUAAAGAGCUAGGAACGACAUUUUUCAUUCCGCCAUUAUUUGACAGCAAACGAUUUAUAUUACGUUUAAUCGCUACACAUCCAAAUACAUCCAUCACUCUCCUCGGCAAACAGUUGAAACAAGCCACCAAAAUAGUGGACAAAAUUGGGGGUUACAUAGAUAUCAACAGCAACGCCUCUAUAAAAGUAGAAUCUGACAAACCAAUAGUGGCAGUGUAUUAUCAGCAGGGUGAAUUUAAACCGGUCGUACCUUUUAUGGUUAUAAUUAAACCAGAAGGGAAGCUGGAAGGAGUUCAAGAGUUUACCAUUUCAAAUGAUGGGUUCAGACACCAUAUCCUUAUUACCACGAAGAGUACUGAAUACCCUUUACUUCAGAUGGACGGGAAAAGCAUUAUUUAUAGAGACAAAAAUGUUUACGAUACGCGAAGUUUAAAUUCUUCUUAUGUUGUUGUAAGGACAGAUAUCGGUCCUGGACAUCAUACCAUUGGUUCGUUAUACCCGUCUGUUUUGACUGUCAAACUGGGAAUAAUCAUUUACGCCGAUUCCGACAAUGACAUUGCUUAUGGCUACCCUGUGUAA